ACAAAAUGACAUCUCCAGUGUUUGCUCUGUAUAUGACAUGUCUGCUCUUGGGCAAAAUGGCUGAUAUGCCAGCUCUUGAACUAUCAACGUCUUUACAUUUCAAAGCAGUUAAUGUUGGCGAAGAGUUGGCUUUGGAAUGUCUCUAUGAAGAUACUGACGCAUUGAUGUUUUACUGGUAUAAAGAGACCCUGGGAGAGAAACCAAAGCUGAUAACUAAAUUCUAUAAGCAUGAGAAAAAUGGCCAGUUGAUUGAUAAAUUUAACAAUCCCCGCAUUGAACUGGAAACUACCACUGGUAAAAAUAAUUUGAAGAUCUCAGAUGUGCAAUUUUCCGACUCAGCUACUUACUACUGCGUAAGUGGCUAUUCAUAUUUGUAUGAAUUUUUGGAUGGCAUUAUUGUCAGUGUAAAGGACUCAGGUUUGAACAGCCAAGCUUUGGUCCAUCAGUCAGUUUCUGAGACCAUCUUGCCAGGAGGCUCUGUGACUCUCUACUGUACAGUGAACACUGGGACCUGUGAUGGGGAACACAGUGUUUACUGGUUCAAAUACUCUGAAGAUUCUCAUCCAGGACUCAUUUACACCCAUGGAGACAGGAGUGAUCAGUGUGAAUGGAAAUCCAAAACACAAACACACACCUGUGUCUACAACUUGCCGAUUGAGAACCUGAAUCGUUCUCACGCUGGGACCUACUACUGUGCUGUUGCCUUAUGUGGACACAUACUGUUUGGAAACGGCACCAAGAUGGACUUAGAGGAUGAGGUGGACUCUCAUGUGUUGGUGUAUUUCUUGAUCGGAUCUCUGGCAUUCACCACCAUCCUGGUUGUUUUCCUGGCUUACACAGCAUAUAGAAUAUGCAAGACAAACAGCUGCCAAUGCACAGAUUCUCAAUCAAGAUCUGUAGCUGCCUCUGCUCCAAAUAUAGAGGGCCACCAAGAUGCAGACAACCUCCUUUAUGCUGCUUUAAGGGAGCACAAGUUCAGCAGAUCAAGAAGACAGAGAGAUGACACCUGUAGUGAAUGUGUGUACUCCAGUGUAAGGCAGUAG